AUGUCGACCGAACGGCCCCAACUUCCCAGGCUAAGCCGUCAAACCCGAAAAAGGAAGAAUAGAAUCAACACCCUCGCAAACGGGGCUCUACUCUCCUUAUCUCUCCUCAGCGGGCGAGCAGCUGCAUCCGGCUUUGACAACCCCGACCUGUCCGACCCCACGAUCAGCAACGUCAACUCAACCGGCAACGCCACCGUCGGGGCACUCAGCAACCGCACCCCUAUCAAGUUGACCAUCACCAACAGCUGUGAAGAGUCAAUAUGGCCCGGGCUUGUCACGCAGACCGGCGUCGGCCCACCAUCGCAUGGGUUUGAGUUGGUCCCUGGAACCAGCCGGGUGAUGUUUUUGAGCUCGGACUGGGCGGGGAGGGUUUGGGGCCGGACGAAUUGCACGUUUAACGCCGAUGGGACGGGCCCGAGGACCGCGGAAGGGGUGAAUGGGCGGGGCGGGGCGUGUUUGACGGGGGAUUGUGGUGGGCGAAGGAACUGUACUGGUUCGGGAGAGAACCCCACGACGGUGUCGGAAUUCACUUUCCGAGGCGGAAGCAACAACGACCAAACCUUCUACGACAUCUCCCUCGUUGACGGCUACAACCUCCCGGUUUCCAUCAUUUACCACCCUUCUUCCAACACCUCCUGGAUCCCACCAAACCUCAGCAACAUCGCCUGCAUCGCCUCAGCCGGCUACCUAACCCCCUCCUUCUUUACUUCCACCCGACCCUCCCCCAAAUCCACCAACCUCAACGCCAACGCCAGCUUCCCCAUGCCCUACGAGUCCUCCCAAACCGACGGCACCGUCCGCGCCUGGUGUCCCUUCGACCUGCUACAAUACCCCCCACCCAAGCCCGGCUCUGGCGUCUUCCCAUACCCAGACGACGGCAUCCCCCGGCCCAACUUCCAGCCCUGCUUCUCCGCCUGCAGCGCAACCAACAACCCGGCCGACUGCUGCGCGGGGGAGUACAACUCGCCCGACGUGUGCAAACCGAGCGAGUACUCGCUGCGCGCGAAGCGGGUCUGCCCGGACGCGUACAGCUUUGCGUAUGAUGACCAUGUCAGCACGUUUGUGAUCCCUUGGUCGCCGGUCGAGGCCGCGUGGGAGGUCAGGUUUUGUCCGAGGGGCAGGAGUACGGAUAUCUUGAGGACGUUUCCCGAGGAGAUAGGAUCGAUUGGGGCCGGGCAUAGGUUAGGUGGAAAUCAGAUGCAGAGGGUGAUGGAUAAGGGGUAUGUUGAGGCAAGGUGGAGGAGUGAGGGGAGUGGGAGGGGGAAGGUUGGGUUGGGGGCUGUGAUGGAGGUUGCUGCUGUUGUUGCUGUGAUGGGGGGGAUGGUGUGGUAA